GCAAAUUCUAAAAAUUUGUUGACUGGACACAUUCACGAGCUUGUUUGAGAAUCACCUGCACCAAUCUCCUUCUGCAAUUUUCCUAGAAAAUCAAACAUUUGUAUAUCUAUCAUGCUAAACAGAGUCACUCCACACACUCAAACAAGCACAAACCUUCCCAUCCUCUCUACAAUUUCUCAAACCACAAUGAUCAUCCACAAGAAAACCAAAACCAAACCCACAUCCUCUUCUUCUUCCAAUCAAGUUCCAUCAUCAUCGAAGCAAACAAUUUCCGGUAACCCCGAUAUUCUCACCGAAUUCCUCUCCCGCCUCCCACUAAAGUCACUCCUCAAAUUCAAGUUCGUGUCCAAGCACUGGCUCUCCCUCAUAACCGACCCCAAAUUCUGUCCCGAACAGAGUUAUAAAACCCUCUCUGGUCUCUUCCUCGCCGUCCCCUUGGUCUGAAAAACACCACAUACAAUUUCAUCAAUCUCGGUCCCAAUCCCUGCAAACCCACGUUUAGAAUCCUCGAUUUUGUUCACGACCCAUCUGGAAUCAGAAUCUUGCAGUCCUGUAAUGGCCUCUUGUUAUGCUGCAGCUUUUGUCCAAAUCUGAUCGACAAAAACUGCUACGUAUACAAACCCAACAACGAAGCAGUCCACUGUACUCCGGGUUUAAUUCCGGGAACGUCUGUAAAGGGUGUUACUUUAGCUUUCGAUCCUUCAAAACCGCUGAUCACAAAGUCAUUUGCGUUCGAAAUCCCGAUUCCGACCUGCAAUUCCAAUACCAUAUCGAAAUUUACUCACCCAAAACCGGCCCCUGGUGGCGUUCAGGCCGUCCUUUCGCGGCACCCUUCAACGUAGACUUCAAAAGCAGCGGUUUCUGGAACGGUUCCGUUCACUGGAUCAGUGACUUCGGAGACUUACUCCGUUUCGACGUUAACGAAGAGCAGAUCCGGGAAUAACCGAUCCCGGUGCUUCCCGGAGACGGGGUCGACGAGAGGCUGUACAAAUACGUCGGAGAAUCAGGCAGAUGUCUGCAUCUUAUUGAAAUUUACGCAUCGUUUUCUCUACCGUUUGAUGUGUAUCAGAUGGAGAGGGACUGUGCCCCCUGGUUCCCCAAGCACCGUGUCGAUCUCAACCCGGUUGCGGCUGCAUACCCGGAUAAUGGUUACGGAUUAUGUGGAUCCAAUUGACUUAAAUUAUUAUGACUUUGCCAUUCCAAGUGUCAUACAGGGAGAAUCAGAAGAGGACUCAUACCUCGUAAUGUACUUACAUAAUAAGGCCAUUAGGUAUAAUUUCUGGGGACAGAGUUUCCAGAAAAUAUGCGAUUUUGUGCCGCUUGAUGAUGGAACGA